AUGUUCUUCUUCAUCUUUUUGAGUAUAAAUUCUAACAAAAACUACCAAUUUACCAUUGCAAUGGCUGACAAGAUCUUGGAAGAUAACGCGAGGGAUGACCACACCAAGCUUCUCCAUGUCAAUAGAAUGGCUCUAGUUUGAUCCUUGGCACGUACAUCCACCCUUGUAUACUGUUGCCUACAAAGCGUGGCAUCAAGAAAGGAAACAUUGUCUUGGUUUGACAAUAACACAAGGUGUUUGCAAAGGAUGCAAUUGGGAUUAGCUAGCAGCGAUGGACAAGAUUACAACUAUGGAGAGGUGAUGGCUGAGAAGUUGGUACAAGAGUUAUUAUGGUUUACGUAUAAACUCAAGAUUUAUGGGGAUGUCAACGACGCUUUGUUGCAACGGAGUUUGGCUUCUAGUUUGCCUUUUUUAUCCCUUUCAGCGAGUCCCAGAAUUCAGGGUUGCAUUUUUAAGAUCAUAGGUCAUGCUCCUCUCCAAGUAAAGUUCCGGUUGCGGGUGCUUUGGAUUCAAUUGUUUUGCCAUGCUAGCAAUGGGCUUGCCUAUCCUGUCUAGAAGGCACAAAAAGAGAAAGCAAUGGACGAAGUAAUCUCCAGUUUGGCUGCAAGGGAUCAAGAAGUUAUCGUCACCGAUCGACUUCAAGACUAUGCUGUAUCUAUUAUCUCAGAUUGGCCAAAUCUCUGAUUAUGUCGUGAUCGCUGGUGCCAAUCUACUAGCAAACUAGUUACAUAA